AAGAUAACACUAGCCACGGAGCUCAGGUGAGACCUCGAGAGAGAGAGCUGGCGGGUACCUCCUCCGCAUGUUUUUAUCAUCUGCCAGCGCUCUGAUGCUGGAGCUGGGCCCUCCGCGGGCUGCGCGCACUGCACGGAAGGGCGCCUCUUCGCCCGGUGGCUCUGACGGCGGAGGCGCGCUGGGCGUGCUCGGAAGCGAGGAGCGAAAAGUUGUGGACCCACUUGGUAGGGGGAAAGGGAGCCACCGAGCGAGCGCGACAGCGAAGGGGGAAGGCGGGAGGGGGCGGGGAGGGGGGACUGCUUACAUGAAUUUCCAAGUGAUAGACCUGCCUCUGCGCUCUGCCCAAUGAGAUCCGUCAGGGGAGGCACCCGGCUCACUUUUCCACAUCACUUCACAGUUACAUUUGGCAGGCAGGCAGGCGGGCUCGCACGCCGGAGCGCUCAGCCCAGAAUUAGCGGAUUUAUUUGGAAUCUCCCUGCCUCCUCGAAGCUCCUACGCCGCGGGUUUGUGCACAGACGGGAGCGUCGCCCCACCAGCUGCACUUGGGGCUGCGGACGCCCAGAGCCCAGCGCGCCUGCCCCGCGUCGCCGCACCGAGCCCCGCAGCUCCUAGAGGCAUGCACGGAAUCAGGAAACGCCUGCCCAGCGCGCGGGGACCGCUCGGCACUCUCCGCUCUCGGGAGCCGACCCCGAGUUCCUCCAGCCAUUUGUGAACCUUGGAAUUCUCCAGCGCCGAGCCCCGCAAGAGAAAUUUUAAUGAGAAGGACAGCCAGUGGAUUGUGGUCUUAGAAAAGCUGCUUAGAUGAUGUCUGUUUCCCGUGCUAUAAACACAUGGCAGAGCUGUAAGUAAAUGCUCAGCACUGCAUGAUGAAUUGGAUGGCUGCAGACCGGAGACAAAAAAAAUAAUUGUCUCAUUUUCGUGGUGAUUUGCUUAACUGGUGGGACCAUGCCAGAACGGCUAGCGGAAAUGCUCUUGGAUCUCUGGACUCCAUUAAUAAUAUUAUGGAUUACUCUUCCCUCUUGCAUUUACAUGGCUCCGAUGAAUCAGUCUCAAGUUUUAAUGAGUGGAUCCCCUUUGGAACUAAACAGGCUGGGUGAAGAACAGCGGAUUUUGAACCGUUCCAAAAGAGGCUGGGUUUGGAAUCAAAUGUUUGUUCUGGAAGAGUUUUCUGGACCUGAACCGAUUCUUGUUGGCCGGCUACACACAGACCUGGAUCCUGGGAGCAAAAAAAUCAAGUAUAUUCUAUCAGGCGAUGGAGCUGGGACAAUCUUUCAAAUAAAUGAUGUAACUGGAGAUAUCCAUGCUAUAAAAAGACUUGACCGAGAGGAGAAGGCUGAGUAUACACUAACAGCUCAGGCGGUGGACUGGGAGACAAGCAAACCUCUUGAGCCUCCUUCUGAAUUUAUUAUUAAAGUUCAAGACAUCAAUGACAAUGCACCAGAGUUUCUUAAUGGACCCUAUCAUGCUACAGUGCCAGAGAUGUCCAUUUUGGGUAUGUAUGCCUCCAAUUUCACAGAGCUAUUAAGAGUCAUCUUUAAAAUAGCUCCUGGCAUCAGGAAUGGU